UCUUCACACACACACACACACUCCAAAUCCAAACUCACACACACACACUAACUCCCCCCAAAAUUACCAUCCUACCCUUACCCCAAUGGUGGAAUCCCAAUCCUACACCACUCGCCGGAGCAGCAACCCCAGAUUCGAAACCAUCAUCCCCAUCCCCACCACACCCACCAACGAAGUCCGUUUUGGCACUUCUUCCAACAUCUUCACCACCACCACCAUCCUCCCCCCACCCCUCCUCACCACCCUCAUCAUCCUCUCAUGGUACCUCUCCAACAUCGUCGUCCUCCUCUUAAACAAAUACCUCCUCACCUUCUCCUCCUUCAAGUUCCCCAUCUUCCUCACCAUGCUCCACAUGCUCUCCUGCACCUUCUACUCCUUCAUCUCCAUCCACUUCUUCCAUCUUGUCCCAUUCCAACACAUCUCUUCCAAAAACCAACUUUCCAAAAUCUUCUUACUCUCCGCUAUCUUCUCUUUCUCUGUCGUUUGCGGCAACACUUCACUUAAAUACCUCCCCGUCUCAUUCAACCAAGCCAUCGGCGCUACGACGCCGUUUUUCACUGCGAUAUUCGCCUUCUUGAUUACCUGGCAAGGUGAAUCUAUUCAAGUUUAUCUUGCUUUGUUACCGGUUGUGGUUGGGAUUGUUAUUGCUUGCAACAGCGAGCCCUUGUUUCAUUUGUUUGGAUUUAUGUUGUGUGUCGGUUCGACCGCUGGUCGGGCGUUGAAGUCGGUUGUGCAAGGGUUACUCCUGACCUCGGAUUCGGAGAAGCUGAAUUCGAUGAAUUUGUUGUUGUAUAUGGCGCCGAUGGCGGCGGUUAUAUUGCUGCCGAUUAGUUUGUGUAUAGAAGGGAAUGUGAUGGCGAAAACGGUCGAGAAGGCGAGGAAUGAUUCGGUUUUGGUGUGGUUAUUGGUUGGGAAUGCGACGGUUGCGUAUUUGGUGAAUUUGAGUAACUUUUUGGUUACGAAGCAUACGAGUGCGUUGACGUUGCAGGUGCUUGGGAAUGCGAAGGCUGCGGUGGCUGCGGUUGUGUCGGUUUUGGUUUUUAAGAAUCCAGUGACGGUUUUGGGGGUUUCGGGGUUUGGGGUUACGAUAAUGGGAGUGGUCCUCUAUAGUGAGGCUAAGAGGAGAUUGAAAGUUACAGCUCAUUGACAGGUUAUAACUUAAAAGUAUCGAUCACGCGGUUGUUCAUGUGAUUUAUGACUUUAACAGUUCAAUGUGUUAAAGUAAAGAACAUAAUUCGAUUCGAUUACAUAACAGGAUAAGAAAGAGGAAUUAGCAACAUUGUUUUAGUUUAGUUUGUUGACUGUCUGUUUACACUUCUGAUUCAUGUACUGAAUUAUUAUCAUAUUAAUUGAUAUUGUUUUGUGUAUAA